UUGCCCUAGACAUACAUAACCCAGUCUAUAAGAAAGAACGUCUUCGUCGUCAAGAUAAGUUGAGAUUGAGCACAAAUUGUAAGCAAUCUCGUGUAGCUAGCUCAGACCGUAGACGAACGUGGCAUGUCUACCAAACACACCAUGCAGCUCCUACCAGUCGCAGUCUCAAUGGCCAUCCUCCUCGUGGGAGCGGCGGCAGCCACGAAGACAACAACGCACCUCAAGUUCUACAUGCACGAUAUUGUGACGGCGGUGCCGCCGAGCCCAGCAACGGCGGUGCGCGUCGCCAGGGCGGUGACGCAGCUGCCGCCCCUCGAACCAGCCUUCCGCUUCGGGGACGUGUUCGUCAUCGACGAUCUUCUGACGGAGGGGCCUGACGCGGCGUCCCCGGCCGUCGGCACAGCACAGGGGUACUACAUGUACGCGUCGCGGACGGACGCCGCGCUGAUGCUAAGCGUCAACAUGGUCUUCACGGCGGGGCCGCACAACGGCAGCACCAUCGCCGUGCUCGGAAGGGACGCCAUCCUCGACCCCGUCAGGGAGCUGCCGGUCGUUGGCGGCACCGGCAUGUUCCGCGGGGCAACCGGCUAUGGUCUGCUCCGGACAUACUCGAUAAACGGCACCACCUUCAACGCAGUGCUCCAGGUCGACAUGUACGUGCACGCGCGUGUGUAAGCGCACCAUAUUUGUAUGCUUCCAUGCGUGUGUCGUGUGUGCUGGUUCUUUAUAGGAGGUCAUUUAUCGGUUAUAUGCACCGAUAUCCGUCAAUUCCUUCCAUUGUGUUCAUAAGUAUGGCAAGUGUGGUAUCUUAUAAUCCUUAUUAUG